AUGUCGGACCAGGCUCGGGUUUCGUACAUGACCAAGGAGCAGCUAGAAACCUACCUCUCCGACCUCCGCUCCAACCGCCCUCAACGCCCCAUCGGCGCGCGCCCCCUCUCCACCACCAAAGCCCGCUGGACGCCCCAGAGCUCCGUCAGCCUCCUCGACGCCGCCCCCUCGCUCAACGAACCGCGCCUGCACCCCUCCCCGCCGCGUCCCGCACUCCAGAAAGCCGCGUCCUCCCCCGACGGCGCCGCCGCAAAGACAACAGACGACGCCGUGGGCAAACGCGACAGCUGGCUCCUGAGACGCAAUUCACACAAGCGCAGCCAGACGUUCUCGGCACCCUCGAUUGCGUCAUCGAUACUACCAAGGUCGUCGACGCCGACGCGCAUCACACGGACACGCUCCCGCGCCGCGACGGCGUCCGUCCCGCCGGCGGCUACGCCGCCGUUCGCACCCCCGGAGACUACAGAGGCGGAGCGCGAGGCCGGAUGGGACGGGAAGGACCUGCAGGAGGGCCGCAUGGGCGAUACGCCGCCGAAGAAGCUGUUCUCCACGGACUCAGCAACAGCAGCGGACUCGGCGUCGACAACGACGACGACGACAAAGCGCGGCAACUCGCUGAAGAAGCAGGGCUCCUUCAGCUUCCGCGAGUUCUCCAAGUUCGGCACCCGCCACGAGCGGACGGGGUCGUCGGGGUCUGCGUCAACGUCGUCGUCGUCUUCGUCUUCGGGUGGUGGUAUCGCGAAGAAGACGGUGUCGUGGGCGCUGCCGUCGCUGUCGCGGCCGAGCUCGCCGAGCCCCGUGGUCAUGCCCCCGACGCAUCCGCCGCCAAAGUCCGCGUCGACGAGGAUUGAGGAGGAGUUGACGUCCCAUUUUAGGUCGUUGCCGCCGGCGCCGAUGCCGUAUGUGGCGCCGCUGAGGAUCAACAAGUCGCCGAGUCAGCGGUCGACGCCGUUGGGGAGGUCGGAGUCCGCGGCGAAGUUGCCAAUUGUGCCGGAGGCGGCGGCGGCGACGCCGCCGACGAGGAAGGAGUCGUCGGUGAGGACUGCACCGAUCUUUUCGGCGCCGGGGAGGCGCGCGUAUAUUGAUCCGCAUAAGAAGGAGCCGACGCAGCAUAAUAAGGUCAAGUACACGACGAACCCGGUGCCGUUGCCGUCGCCGCCAAUGUCGGGGUCGGAGGAAGAGGAUGCGGAGGCAGAGGCGCUGAAGGAGCUUGGGAGAAGGCCAUUGCCGAAAGCUGGGAAUGGCAGCAGUGAGAACGUGGCUGCCAUUACGGGUGGUAUUGAACGGAUUGGGGGUCUGGGUAGUAGGAGCGGUGGUGGUGUUGGGUUUGGGAGGAACGAUACAGACGCACGGAAAAACAGGUCGCGGUACGGAGCACAGGUGCAGCCGCAGUCUGCCGCCCCGAUUAUUGGGCUUGUCACGAUGCCGACGCCGCCGCCGACAGCGUCCAGCUCAACGUCGAACAAAAUGCCCCCCGUGCCGUCCAUCUGCGUGCCGGACAAAGACGACAGCCCACGAGUCCCGGUGCCAAUCCCCAGCUUUAACUUCCCCGACGAGGACCCCACCCCCGUCGCAAAACCAAAGCAGCCAUCACAACCACCCCCAUCAAUCCCCAUGAUCUCGCUCCCGGACGAAGCGCCCAGCGGCGCCCCCGCCCGCGACCCCACCGGCCCCAGCGCCUCGCGCCGCCCCCUCCCCAUCCCCCGCGGCUCCGCAAAGGGCCCCGCAUCAGCCUACAGCGGCAGCAACAGCAGCGGCUACGUCAACUCGCGCGGCCCCACGGCGUCGUGCGCAUACUGCCGCACGCCCAUCGAGGGCCGCGUGGUGUCGGCGUCGUCGAUACGGUUCCAUCCCGAGUGCUUCAGAUGCGACCAUUGCCAUACGACGCUGGAGCAUGUGGGCUUCUUUCCGGAGCCGGAGGAGAGCAGGAAGAGGAGGGUGGAGGUGGAGGGGGAGAAGGGGGGCAAGGUGAGGUUUUAUUGCCAUUUGGACUUUCAUGAGCUGUUUUCGCCGAGGUGUAGGAGCUGUAAGACGCCGAUUGAGGGGGAGGUGGUCGUGGCGUGUGGCGGGACGUGGCAUGCGGGGCAUUUUUUCUGCGCGGAGUGUGGGGAUCCGUUUAAUUCCGAGUCGCGAUUCGUCGAGAAGGACGGGUAUGCGUGGUGCGUGGGGUGCUACCAGAAUAGGUAUAGUGGCAAGUGCAAGAAGUGCAAGAAGCCCGUCACGGAGACGGUGGUGAAGGCGCUGGGCGGCGAGUGGCAUGAGGAGUGUUUUUGCUGCACGGAGUGUGGAAAUGGCUUCGAUGAUGGGCGCUUCUUUAUCAGGGGCAAGGGAGGUAAUGAGAUACCGGUGUGUGUGGGGUGUGAGGAGAGGAGGUUGAAGAGAUGA